UUGAACCCACCCACCCUCCUCCCGCUCCUCCUGUACCCGAAGAUGAAGACUUCUCCCACCACAUGAAUAGACAUGAAGGCUUCUGCGGCAAAAGACACUCACCUUUAGCAGACAUGCCGGGGUCAUUGUAUGAAAGCUCCAAUCUGGAUCAAGGCGGCAACAACAGGAAGAAGAAGAUAGAGGAAUUCUCUAGGUCUUCUCGGGAGAAAUUAGUCCAGUCGAAGAACAAAAUGUUCUCCAAAUUCACGUCCAUUCUCCAGCACGCCGUGGAAGCGCUUGCUCCGUCGCUGCCGCUGCAGGAAGACUUUGUCUAUCACUGGAAGGCCAUUACACAUUAUUACAUUGAGACUUCAGAUGACAAAGCCCCAGUUACAGACACCAACAUUCCAUCCCACCUGGAACAGAUGCUGGACAUUCUGAGUCAGGAGGAAGAGGAGCGGGAGUCUGGAGAGACUGGACCCUGCAUGGAGUAUCUACUACAUCAUAAGAUCCUGGAGACUCUUUUCACUUUGGGCAAGGCAGAUUGCCCUCCAGGAAUGAAGCAGCAAGUCCUGACAUACUACACAAAGCUGCUUGCACACAUCCGCCAGCCUCUCCUGCCACAUAUCAAUGUUCACAGGCCAGUUCAGAAACUGAUCUGUCUGUGUGGGGACGUGCUUGCUGCUCCUACAGAAAAUGAAGAGAUUCAGUUUCUCUGUAUAGUUUGUGCUAAACUGAAGCAGUAUCCGUAUCUUGUCAACUUCUUCCUUGAGAACAACUCAAGGAGAAAUGAGACCAAGAAUCCUGGCAGUGCGGACGAGGUGAAGGAGAAUGCGUUGGCUCCAGACACGGGUCAAGCGAAUGCUGCGUGCAGUGAGGGCACGCGAGCUGCUUCCUCCAGCUCUAGUCCAACAAAUAACAACAACAACAACAAUUAUAAUCUGGUCUCCUCCCUGCUCAACCUCACAAAGAGCCCUGAUGGCAGGAUUGUGGUGAAGGCUUGUGAAGGCCUCAUGCUGCUGGUCAGUUUGCCAGAACUUGCCGCUGCCAGGUGUUUAACUGAGAACACGGAGCUCUGUAAGCUUCUAACCGACAGGCUGGUCACUCUCUACAAAGCCCUUCCACCAUCUAUCGACCCUUUGGACAUUGAGACAGUGGAGUCUAUUAACUGGGGUCUGGAUGUAUAUAGCGUGAAGGAGGAUGCUGCAGUGUUUGCAGGGAAGAGGCCUCUCAUCUCCUUCCUCUCUUGGCUGGAUUACUGCGACCAGCUUAUUAAAGAAGCUCAGAAGUCAGCGGCCUCUGUGAUGGCCAAGGCAGUGCGCGAAAGAUUCCUUGUGUCCGUGAUGGAGCCGCAGCUUAUGCAAACGUCUGAAGUGGGCAUCCUCACCUCGACAGCCAUGCUGAAUAGGAUCAUCAAGCAGGUGACGUCAGAGGCGCUGCUGCAGGAGAUGGUGUACUUCCUGUUGGGCGAGGACGCAGAGGCGGAGACUCCAGCUGCUCUUGCUCAGAAUCCUCUCAGACACAGACUCAUCGAACACUGUGAUCACUUGUCAGACGAGAUCAGCAUCAUGACGCUACGGCUCUUUGAGCAGCUCAUCCAGAAGCCCGACCAGCACAUCCUACACAAUUUAGUGCUGCGCAACCUGGAGGAGAGAAACUACCUGGAGAACAAACCUCCAGAGGAGCGAGAACCCAUUGAAAACGGCCAACCUCAUGAUGCUGUAGACCUGGAAGAAGAUCCACUGUUUGGUGAUGACCUCUCUCCAGAUAGCAGACUCUCUGGUUCCGAUUGGCUCAGCCCCUCACCGUCCCAAAGCCCGGACCACUGCAAGUCUGAAGGCAAAACCGAAGUCCACAAGAUUGUCAACAGUUUCCUGUGUUUGGUGCCUGACGAGGCCAAGUCGUCGUACCAAGUGGAAGGCAGUGGUUAUGACACCUACCUCAGAGACGCUCACAGACAGUUCCGAGAUUAUUGUGGCGUGUGUCACCGCUGGGACUGGAGAGGAACUCCAAAACCUUUUGAAAAAUGCGACUUAGAACUGCCAUUCUUUGAGGGUCACUUCCUGAAGGUCCUCUUUGAUAGGAUGGGUCGCAUUUUAGAUCAGCCAUAUGACGUCAACCUGCAGGUGACUGCAGUUCUGUCCAAACUGUCUCUGUUACCACACCCUCACCUGCACGAGUACCUGCUGGACCCUUACAUCAACCUGGCUCCUGGAUGCAGGUCUUUGUUCUCCGUCAUCGUCAGGGUUGUUGGUGACCUCAUGUUGAGGAUUCAGCGCAUCCCAGACUUCACGCCUAAACUCCUGCUGGUGAGGAAGAGGUUGUUGGGUCUGGAGCCAGAAGGCAUCAACCUGGAUCACAUGACUCUGCUGGAGGGCGUGAUCGUGCUGGAGGAGUUCUGCAAAGAGUUGGCGGCCAUCGCCUUCGUCAAAUACCACGCCACCGCCGCGUCCUCGCCCUAGUUUGGCUGCUCUCUGGGAAUGUAAAAAAUGGCCUUUCAGCGCCACCUUUGGCCACGUGGUCGACUGUGCCGGACUGUUGGCGGCCACACAGACCACGUCCAUCGCUCCCGGUUUGUGGUUAUGGUGCAGCUCCGAGCUCACUUACUGCCCAUCAGCAGAGGAACAAGAUGCAGACUGAAGACGCCAUCGACUCUGCAUGUUCUUUCACUGCCUACACACACAUCUUCCUCACCAUCAUCAUCAUCAUUUAAGUAUUGUGUGCAGCAGGCAAGAUGUCACAUUUGCUUGCAGGCAUGGACGUCGUCGCCUGCGUGUGCAAGCACCUUUGACAUGACUCACACCUGCAGUUACAUCAUGUGUGUAUUUACUUACUGCACCUUUUAAAUGCCAACUCCUCUUAUUUAUUGUGUUCACCUCGCCUUUUUUUAACCAGCACGUAUUCGGAUGGAGCGCUUUGACUGCGCUUUCUGCUCUGCUUGAAGAUCCAAAACUAAAUUUCACCACUGGUGUCACCCAAACAUGUCAGCAUCCAACAUGUUGUGUUUAGGAGCAAGCGACUUGUGCAGGGUUGUGUCAUAUUGCACAUGCACCUUUUCACAACUACGCCUUUUUGUAUCGCUAAAUGUUCUCAUCCAGUGUCUCCUCACUGGGCUUACGCUCUUGCUUUUCAUGCCUUCUUAUACCAAUUUUAUUUUGAAAAGCAGUGUUGUUGUUGACCCACACCUUUACUUUGUAUCUUUUGCGCCAUGGUGAUUUGAACAAGUCUUAUUUAAGAUGCUCCUUCAUGUUUCUGUGUCCUCUUCCUCCUUCUCGCCCUCAACUGUGUGUGUGUGUGUGUGUGUGUGUGUGUGUGUGUGUGUGUAUUGCUUACACACGUCCUUUUUCAACCUUGCUUGUUUUGGAAGUUUAAAACCACAAAAUAUUUUUUUAUUUUUUUUUUUUUUCUUCCAUAAACCAAAAUGUAGAAAAAUCACCUACUUAUUAAUGCGACUUCUUGAUGAAAUGUUGGAUCAUGCACAUUUUAGUAAUCUCCAACAUGUAUUGUAGGUGUACAAUAAUAGAAGUGUUGAAGUACUAGCUGGGUCAUUGCAUGCUGUGUUGGAAGAGAGCGGAAGGUGACUUCUCUUUUCUCUUUUUGUUUGUGAGUCCUAACUCGGUUUUGUCUGGACUGCAAGCAGUUAUUGCUUUUAAUCUCAUCGCUGCUUUCCUUUCCUCUGACGUAAAACAAGACUUUUGAUUUGUGCAGUGCAGACGGGGAAAUAAAGGCACUUUUGCCGGGGGUUUUUGGCUCUCAUGGGCUCUAUUUAUUACUCAGCUGUCUCUACUUUAGUACAAUCAUGUUUACUUCCAUUCAGGGCAAUUUGCGUUUUUUCCCCCCCCCCCCAUUGCAAUAAAAUAUGUAUCAUCUU